UGCUCGUGGGUCCGCCUCCGCCUCCACUGCCUGGGCUUCAGGCCGCUGCCAGUGGAGCCCCCUCUUGGCGCCGGCAUGGAGCACCCCGCUCCCGUCGACGUCGUGCCCUCAAUGCCCGCCACAGACGAGCGCCCCGAGUCCCCAGAGCGCUCCGGCAGCCUGCGGGGUGCGCUGCCCCCUGACCUGAAGCGGGAGGCGAUCGCGCUGGCGGCGCUCGCGGGCCCGGUGUUCCUCGCGCAGUUGAUGAUCUUUUGCAUUAGUGUCGUCAGUUCCAUAUUCUGCGGACAUCUGGGCAAAGUCGAGCUAGAUGCUGUGACACUUGCCACCUCGGUUGUGAACGUUAUUGGGAUUUCAGUGGGAACCGGCUUGGCCUCUGCUUGUGACACACUGAUGUCUCAGUCCUUUGGCGGCAAGAACCUGAAGCGUGUGGGGGUCAUUCUUCAGAGAGGAAUUCUCAUCUUGUUGCUGUGUUGCUUCCCUUGCUGGGCCAUCUUCAUCAACACUGAGCGCCUCCUCCUGUUCUUAAAACAAGACCCUGAAGUCUCCAGGAUAGCCCAGAUUUAUGUGAUGAUUUUCAUUCCCGCUCUUCCUGCAGCAUUCCUAUUCCAGCUGCAGACAAGAUAUUUACAAAGUCAGGGCAUCAUCAUGCCCCAAGUCAUUACUGGAAUUGCAGCGAAUAUCAUCAAUGUGGGCAUGAAUGUCCUCUUGCUGUACACCCUGGAACUCGGAGUAGUAGGGUCUGCCUGGGCCAACACCACCUCCCAGUUCUUCCUGUCUGCUCUUCUUUUCCUGUACAUAAGGCGGAAGAAAAUCCACAUCAACACCUGGGGAGGUUGGACGACGGAGUGCUUCCAGGAGUGGGGCUCCUAUAUCCACCUGGCUAUUCCCAGCAUGUUCAUGGUCUGCAUCGAGUGGUGGACCUUUGAAGUUGGGACCUUCCUGGCAGGACUGAUUAAUGUGACAGAACUUGGAGCACAGGCCAUCGUUUAUGAACUGGUCUCUGUGGCCUACAUGGUGCCCUUUGGCUUUGGUGUGGCUGCCAGUGUCCGAGUGGGCAACGCUCUAGGGGCAGGGAAUGCUGAGCAGGCCCGAUGCUCCUGUACCGCUGUUCUCCUGUGUGCUAGUAUGUGUGCUCUCGCAGUGGGACUUCUCCUCACAGCGUUGAAGGAUGUGAUUGCCUACAUAUUCACCAAAGACGAGGACAUUAUUUCCCUUGUGAGCCACGUGAUGCUUAUUUUUGCUCCUUUUCAUCUCUUUGAUGCACUGGCAGGUGCGGGCGGCGGAGUGCUGAGAGGGAUUGGAAAGCAAAAGACUGGCGCUCUCCUGAACGUCAUCAGUUACUACGUGUUUGGCUUUCCCAUUGGAGUGUCUCUGAUGUUUGCUGCUAAGCUUGGGAUAAUAGGUCUCUGGUCUGGGUUGACAGUUUGUGUCUUCAUUCAAGCCCUUUUCUACUCGGUGUGCAUCCUGAGGACAAACUGGAGUAGAGUUGCGGAGCAGGCACAAGUUCGAGCUGGGCUAAAAGGCAAUAAAGACUCUGUACUGCCCCCAACAGAUCUACCAAACCUGGAAAGAGAAGUAACCGGUGAUGUGAUUUUACCUGAUGUUAUCAGACCAGAGGGCCAGACUGCUCAGCUGAUGGUGCUGCAAGAAAACCAGCAUGUGGUUCCUACCAUUGGGGAGGUCUUGACAGUGAGACAACUGAUAGUCUAUCGAGGAACAGCAUUAGCCCUUGCUAUUGCCAGCCUUGUGGCAGGAAUAUUAGUGAGAGUUUUCAGUAACCAUAAGUAAAGUAGAAAAAAAAAUCACCGAUCUGUAAAUAAGAAGUGAUAAUUCUAUGCUAAAUAGGAGGCAGGAAAUGUGGGCUUGGUAUUUGGAUGGUGGUUUCAUUGUCAGUUAGGGGAGGAAAGGACUUCAGGGAUGUUUCCUUAGUUAUUCUGGGAAAUGGCCCACCGUACUGGAGAUAAAGAAGGGCGCUGUCGUUUCAGCACGACUGUCGGGGAGCGCUACACCCAGUCCUCGGGAGUGCUAAGGUAUAUUUUGCAUGGCACCAAGCUACACUGUCAGCCCCACGGAGCUAUAAUUUUCAGUAUACUUUUCUUUGUUAAUUUUAUCAUGCUUUCCAAAUAUUUAAUAUUCCCUACUGCAAAUGUUCUUUACUCUUUCUUAUGUUGAAUAUUUUUCCUCUUUCAGGUUUAUUGACUUUUACCAUAUAAAAUAUUACUUCUUGUUUGCAUUUCUCUGUUAAUAUACUUUGGCUUGGCAGGGAGUAUAUAUUAAGUGCCUACUAAGUCUUACGUCAUAUAAGCGUUUGUUAAACACUUUAAAAUUUAAAAUGUAUGCUGACAGUAUUUGACAGUAUGUCAAUGUAGAAAAGACCACUUAUUUU